AUGGUUUGGAAUUGGUUGAAUAUUCCGAAGCAUAGAUUUAUAUGCUGGUUGGCAGUGCAGGGUAGGCUCCAAACCACUACAAAAUUGGCAAAAUUUGGUGUAAGCAAUACUGCAGCUUGUUUGCUCUGUGGUCAAGCUGAUGAAGAUCAUACUCACUUGUUUUUUGAGUGCCCUUACAGUAGCAGGUGCAUCAUUGUACUUAAAGCCUGGUUGGGAAUCUCUUUUCCUUCUUGUAAGUUGAAGCAGCUUAUGAGGUUCAUUAGUCAUGGCAGACUGUCUAAAUUCAGGAGGCAAGUUGUUUUUGCAACGUUAGCUGCUGCAGUUUAUCCUGUUUGGUCAAGCAGAAAUAGUAGUAUUUGGAACUCUUCAAUCCCAACUGUUCAGAAUAUUGUAGUUAGGAUUAAGCAGAAUGUUAGAGAUCGAAUCUUGUUUGUUAUGCCUAAGAAUGUAAGUAGGAGAGAUAGCUUGUGGUUUGCUACUUUGUAA